AUGGCUUCGGUGGAAAAGACCCCUGUCGACAGUUCCAAGACCACAGACAAGGGCGCUCCCCCGACUGAUUUCGGUGAGAGUCUUGGAGGCAAUAUCAACGAGCGAGCCCUUGUGCGAAAGCUUGACAUCACUCUUCUCCCAGCCUUGACCACGCUGUAUCUUCUUUCAUUUCUCGACCGGAGCAAUGUCGGCAAUGCACGAAUCGAGGGUCUGGCGACGGACCUAAACAUGACGGGGGACCAAUAUCUCACGGGACUCACCCUUUACUUUAUCGGCUACGUGCUCUUCGAGGUUCCCUGUAAUCUGAUCUUGAAGAUAUGGAAACCGAAAUUGUGGUUGCCCACACUAACGCUCGUGUGGGGUGUCGUGAGUACGCUUAUGGGCGUUACUCAAUCCCGAGCUGGCUUCUUCGUCGUUCGUUUCUUCUUGGGAGUGGCUGAAUCAGGAUUGUUUCCCGGCAUUGUCUUCUACCUCUCAAUGUGGUACAAGCGAAAUGAACGGCAGUUUCGAGUGGCUCUGUUCUUUAGCGCGGCCUCGCUGGCAGGGGCUUUUGGUGGUAUCCUCGCUUGGGGUAUUGCUCAUAUGAAAGGUAUCGGAGGCUAUAACGGUUGGAGAUGGAUUUUCAUUCUGGAAGGUCUCCUUACGGUUGUCGUCUCGAUAUCUGCGUACUUCUUCAUCCACAACUAUCCAGACACAGCAAAGUUCUUGAACGAUGAGGAACGGGAGUACAUCCAGCACCGGCUCAAGGUCGACAGCGAUGCCACGCAGGAUGAAAAGUUGGACUGGAGCAAUGUCAAAAAGGCCUUCACCGAUAUCAAAUGCUACCUCUACGCAUUCGGAUUCCACACACUCUCGCUUCCACUUUACACGCUGUCACUCUUUCUCCCCACCAUCAUCAAGUCUCUCGGGUUUUCGGCGGCACAAGCACAACUUAUGACCAUACCACCUUACGCGAUCGCCUUUUUCCUUACCAUUGCCCUUGCGGUGCUCUCUGAACGGUAUUGCCGCCGGACACCGUUCAUCCUCAUGUCUUCGUCGCUUGCCAUCCUCGGAUACAUCUUACUGUUGAGCGAUCCACGGCCCGGCGUGUCGUAUGUGGGAAUUAUCUUCGCCGCAGCGGGCAUAUAUCCGUCGGUGGCCUUGACGCUAGCCUGGCCGGCAAACAACGUCAGCGGACAGACCAAGCGAGCGGUCGCCAACGCGCUGCAAAUCUCGCUGGGCAAUCUGGGGGCCGUGAUCGGCACCCAGCUCUACCGAACAGAAACAGCACCGAGGUAUUUUCUGGGACACUCGUUCGCGUUGGCAUACAUGGUGGCGAACUUGAUCGUGACCACGACUCUGUGGCUGGUCUUGAAAAGGCACAAUCAGCGGAGAGAGGAUACGGCAACCGAGCAUGCUGCUCCCGAUGGACCGUGGCUCGGAGACGAGGAUCCGAGGUGGAGGUUUCACUUGUGA